GUUCACUUUCUCAUUGUUUAGUUUUUAUCGCCAUGAAACGGACUCGGUCGAAGACCCGAUCUCCAAAAAGAAAAGGUGGAGUGCGACAGCGCCAGGCCGCCAGAGGAGCCGAGGCCUGGGUGCCUGGCACAUCUGCCCUAGUCACCUUACUGGUUGAGCUAUUUGCUUGGGGGCAAAUUUCGCCUCAGUUAGCUCAAAAGAUUGCAGCAGCAGCCUAUGAGGACGCUGUUAACUUCAAAGCUGAACAAACCAGCUUGGAAUUGUUGCAAAAUGUGUCUACGAUUGGAUCGUCGGGUUUCUACGCAAACAAGUGCUAUAUGGACUUUAUGAAGGUGAUCCCAUACAAGAUCAACAUCCCUUCAGUCAUGACCUGCCGACUGCCCUUCAAAUCGCCUCUGCUCUCAUUAUCUCAGUGCGUGCUAUGGCCACACGAACUGUUUGCAGCCAUAUACAAUUUCUAUCCCCAGACCUGGCGAAAAACAAUUCUUCCCAGCGCAGAACGUUUGGAGCGAUUCUGGAAAACCAACCGUGACCAUCCAUCGUUUGCAGACUCAGAAGUCCGCCACAUUCCUUCAUUUCAGAAGUGGGUGGUGCCAUUGUCUUUCCACGGGGACGAGGUCCCCAUCACUGGGGUAGGUAAGAGCUGGGAACAAAUGGUGGUAUUUUCGCGGCAAAGCAUGGUUGGCGUCGGAGCUACGAAUGAACAUUCCUAUUUGAUCUAUGCAAUGUUUGAAAAACUGCGUGCUGUGCAUGCCGACCAACAACAGGACACUCUGGGAAGAUUUUUCACCAUGCUGGUUUGGAGUCUACGGUGGCUAUUGCGAGGACAAUGGCCAGACCGUGAUGUUGAUGGGAAGCUGUACGCCAAACACAGUUUUCAAGGCAAACGAGCCUUGAGCUACCUUGCCGGAGGUUUCCGUGCAGUGCUUUGGUCAGUGCUGGGCGAUCUCGAUUACCUUUGUAAGAUCAUGCGCCUACCCCGAAGUACUCUCGAAAAAGGGCCUUGCCCCCUUUGCAAAUGCACUGGCAAAGGGCUAACAACAUGGCUGGACUUUCGGGACACAGCACCUUGGCGAGGGUUGCAGUGGGAUGCCUGUGACUGGCAUGCUUGGGAGGAUCGGAGUGCUUGUCCUCUCUUCCGGCUUCUCCCACGCUUCAGCCCGUGGGCAAUCGCAUUGGAUUGGAUGCAUUGCAAGUACCUGGGCCAUGAUGUGCUAGUGUACGGCAGCGUCCUUUCAUUGCUCACCCGGUAUGUAUGUACUCUUGGGGUCACCAGAGAACAACAUCAAGCAGAUUUGGCGCGACGUUUGCUCUUUUUACAAAAAAACAAGACGCCGUGCCAGUUUCGAUAUUUGAACAGGUGUUCGAUGUUCGAGCGAAAAUCUGGCUAUCCGAAGUUGCGCGGCAAGGCCGCAGAAAUCAAAUACUUUUGUCGCCCAAUCCAUUAUGUACGGCAGAAAUAUUCAAAUCCUCGCCUGGGCGUUCAUCGUCAGAUAGGCCUUUAUCUUCAGAUGAAUUGCCAAAUCGAAGAGAUCCUCAUUUUGAACCGACAAGAGCUAGCACUUCCAGAGGAGGACGCUAAGAAGUUUCAGCACUUGUGUGCUGCCAGCCUCCUGCUUCUCUCGGACAUUGCUGAGCAUUUCAUCACAGACCAGCUCUUCGGAAUUACCCAGAAAGCUCAUUUCACCCAGCACAUCUCUUUGUUGGCCAAGUUCCUAUCACCACGUUUGACGUGGUGUUUCGAAGGAGAAGACGUGCAAAGAAAGAUAUCGACUCUGGCCAAAACUUGCGUCGGUGGCGAAAGGCCAGGCCAAACUAUCGGGAAAAUGAUGUCCCGUUACCGGCUAGGUCUGCGCCUGCAGUUUGAAAAGCAUGGUCGAGAAAAAGGCGUGAGUAUGCAAGUCAAAGCACCAGAGUAUGCAAGUCGAUCGCAGCCAUCUUCUAUGAAGAGCUUCUGUACCUGCUGA